AUAAGUUCACGCGCAAAGUUAAACGGCGCCACUUCGCGGAAGUUUACGGAAUUACGGAUCGAUAGAAAAUAAGAAGCAAUAGAAAAUAAAAAGCAAUAGAAGGUAUUCACCGAAUAAUCGUCAUCCUGUUAAAGAGAACAAAAAUGGAUUUCAACGUAAAGAAAUUGGUUAAGGAUGCUGGUGCUGCAUUGAGCAGAGUUGUACAGCUAACAGAAGAAACGUUAGGUACAUCCGAGAAAACUGAAUUAGAUGCACAUUUAGAACAUCUCGCUGAAAGGGCAAAUGCAACUAAAACGUGGACAGAAAAAGUUCUCAGGAAUAUGGAAGCUGUACUUACUCCUAAUCCAGGAAAUAGAAUUGAGGAUUUCUUUUAUGAAAAAAUUGAUAAAAAGAAACCCAACAGACUUAGCAAUCUCGAAUAUGUAGGCAUCGAUAUGAUAGAAGCUGGAAAUGAUUUUGGUCCUGGUAUCGCUUAUGGUAGCUCUUUGAUAAAAGUAGGUCAGUGUCAACAAAAAUUAGGUCAAAUCGAAAGAGAUUUUAUUGGAAUUGCAGCCAAUUGUUAUAUACAACCGUUAAGAAAGUUUUUAGACGGAGAAAUGAAAACUGUUAGCAAGGAGAUGGCUAUAUUAGAAAUUAAGAGGUUGGAUUUAGAUGCAUGUAAGAAUCGAGUAAGGAAAGCCAGAAGCAUGGUGGGCCAACAGAGUGACUCUGGCGUUUCACCCGAAGUAUUACUCGAUCAGGCAGAGAGGGAGCUGAGGGUGGCACAAUCGGAAUUUGAUCGGCAAGCAGAAAUCGCGAAGCUACUUUUAGAAGGAGUAUCUAGUUCCCAAGCUGGACAUUUGAGAUGUUUACACGAAUUCGUGGAAGCACAAGCACGUCAUUACGCGCAAUGUCAUGCGACUAUGCAAGAAUUGCAACGUGAACUUGCCGGGGCACGUCAGCCGAGUCCUUUGCUGAGAGUCAACAGCGAGGAAGUGAUCGAGCUAACACCCUCACCCACUCCAUCCCAAAAUCUCUCUAUAAAUAAUGCUCUCGCUGAUUCAACCUUAACUGGGGGUCCCUAUUACUCGACCGCCUCAACAAAUCCUACUGCACAAGUGGAAAAUGGUCAAGAUCGUGCAAGAGUAGUCUGUGAUUAUGAUGCUAGGGAUUCAACCGAACUUAGUGUCAUGCAAGACGAGGUAAUUUCCAUUGUGGAAAUUCCUGGAGACGAAGAUUAUUUAAUUGGGAUCAGAGGAAAUCAACGAGGAAGAGUACCUAAGGCAUAUCUUGAAACUAUUGUUAGUUAUUAAGUGAAAAAAAAGUUUAAAAAAUUCAAAUUUGUCAUUCUCACAACUGCCUUAGGGAAAAAUAUUCUUUACAAAUUUUACAGACACGCGCACACACACACACACACACACACACACAUAUAUAUAUAUAUAUAAAAUUUACGAUAGAAGUUCAAGAAAAUUUCUUUACUUAGAGUUGCGAUUUGAAUAAAUACAAAUAAUAUAUCCUAAUAAUUCAAUUAUAUAAAAAUCAAUUAUUAAAUUAUUACUGUUAUGCUAGAGAGAUCGUUGAAAAUUUGGUGUGUGCCUUCGCUAAACGUUGUUAACGAAGAUAUUGUUCUAAAGUUAAAUAAUGUUAACUUUAAUGAAUUUUAUCAAAUCCACAUUUAAAGAUAUGAAUUAAAACCUAUGCAUUUAACUAUUAUCUAUAUUCCAUUAAAAUACGCUUUAAAACGUUCGCUACUUGCGUCACGUAUUUAUUAUAAUGCAUUGAUUUUCAUCAAGAGGCUUGCAAAAAACAUUUAUUACAGCAAUAAAUAUGAAAAUUAAGUUUCAAAUUAUAAUUGAAAUUUCUUCUCCAUGACGAGUGUUGAUAGCGAACGAGUUAAAUAAUAUUAUUAAAAAUUGUACAGUCAAUGUUUUACUUCCCACCAAAUUAAUGUAAUUAAGAAAAAUAAAAAACACAGGUAAUUAAUU